AUGGCAGGCCUCUACCGACUCGCUGGCCGCAGCGCCAAGAGGUUAUGUCUGCGACCGGCAGCCAACUCCUUCAACGCCGCCCGACCCUUCUCGACAACUUACCUACGCCGAUAUGCCGAUGCCUCCUCCCAAUUCGAGGGAACCAGGCUCACGCCUGUUGCUUCCGAUUUCUCUUCGGCCGCCGACCCCUACAGCAUUGUGCGACCACAGGGACAGGACGGUGCUGCAUUGAAGACUGCAGAGGAAUCCGUUGAGGAUCGAAAGAUUCGUCACUACACGGUUAACUUUGGUCCUCAGCAUCCCGCCGCUCACGGUGUGUUGCGUCUGAUUCUCGAGCUGAACGGCGAAGAAAUUAUCAGAGCGGACCCCCACGUCGGUCUGCUUCACCGAGGUACAGAGAAGCUCUGCGAGUACAAGACCUACAUCCAGGCUCUACCCUACUUCGAUCGUCUCGAUUACGUUUCUAUGAUGACGAACGAGCAGUGCUUUGCUCUUGCCGUUGAGAAACUUUUGAAUGUUGAGAUUCCUGACCGCGCCAAGUGGAUUCGUACCCUGUUCGGUGAAAUCACCCGUAUCCUGAACCAUCUGAUGUCCGUCUUGUCGCACGCCAUGGACGUUGGUGCUUUGACUCCUUUCCUGUGGGGUUUCGAGGAGCGUGAGAAGCUCAUGGAAUUCUACGAGCGUGUCUCCGGUGCCCGUCUCCAUGCCGCCUACGUCCGUCCUGGUGGCGUCCACCAGGACAUUCCCGUUGGCUUGCUCGAUGAUAUCUACCAGUGGGCAACUCAGUUCGGUGACCGUAUCGACGAGACCGAGGAGAUGCUUACGGACAACCGUAUCUGGAUCCAGCGUCUCCAGGGCGUUGGUGUGGUUUCCGCUGCUGAGGCACUGAACCUUUCUUUCACUGGCGUCAUGCUUCGUGGUUCCGGUGUCCCUUGGGAUAUUCGUAAGAGUCAGCCAUACGACGCCUACGAUCAGGUUGAGUUUGAUGUCCCUGUUGGUGUCCGUGGUGACUGCUACGACCGAUACCUCUGCCGUAUGGAGGAAUUCAGACAGUCCUUGCGCAUUAUUCACCAGUGCCUGAACAAGAUGCCUGCCGGCCCCGUUCGUGUCGAGGACUACAAGAUCUCCCCUCCCCCCCGUUCCGCCAUGAAGGAGAACAUGGAGGCUCUCAUUCACCACUUCCUUCUCUAUACUAAGGGCUACACCGUUCCUCCUGGUGAGACCUACUCUGCCAUCGAGGCUCCCAAGGGCGAGAUGGGUGUCUAUGUCGUCAGUGACGGAAGCGAGAGGCCCUACCGCGUCCACAUCAGAGCCCCUGGUUUCGCUCACUUGAGUGGCUUCGACCACGUCUCCAAGGGUCAUAUGCUGGCUGACGCUGUGGCUGUUAUUGGUACGAUGGAUUUGGUGUUCGGUGAGGUUGAUCGGUAA